CUCCUCUUGUCAACCUACUCUUUUCUGUAGACUGUCUAGUGAGGGAAAUUGUGUUCACCACUGGUCCCCAACAGGAACCUCUUAGCCACCCUCCCGUGGGUGGCUCGGACUUGUCCCCUGAACUGCGGGGUAUUGAGAAGCUGGACACCUGGGACAGCAGUGUUGGCCACUCAGCCCGCGUCCUGACACCGAAAUAAAAAAAGUGGGGAGGGUCGGCAAGCCGAGGGCAAGAGCCUCGGUGCACUGGGCCCGGAGGGGGCGGCGGAUAGCUGCUCCCCAAGCCGCCGCCCGGCGCGUCCUCGUCCUCCUCCCCGGGCCGAGCCGCCGCCACUGCACCAGGAUGAAGAGACCUCAGGGCGGGAGGAGAUGACGCAAAAUCCAACGCUCCCCCCCAAAAAGUGUGCCUCCAGGACGAAGAUGGCGGCAACUUAGCCUGGGGACUGAAGAUGACUGUGGCCUCCGGAGGCCCAGCGCAGGUGACUCGGCCCCCGGCGGCGCCCGCGGGCAGACCUGCAGCGGCCGCGGCGACAGUCGGAGCGCGGGGUGGGGGGUGGGGGGGAGGGACAUUUUCGCCGGCGGCCGCCCAGGCUCGGGGCGCGGGGAGAGCCAGCGCGAAGUAGGCGCGGGAGGCGGAGGAGAAGCCAGCGACGGAGAGGAAGGAGGAGGAAGAGGAGGAGAAGAGGAGGAGGAGGAGAGGAGGAGGGGAGGCGCUCCGGUCGCCGUCAGUGGGCAGCGGAGACGCGGCAUGCCCCUGGCAGGGGAGAGCGGGCUGUCCUCAGCUGGGCCAUGGGGACCAGCGCGCUGACAAUGCCGGGGUGACAGGAGCAGCGCCAGCCACCCCGCCACCUCCACCACCAUCACCUCCCGCACUCAGCCUCCCCACCGGCCAGCACAGCACCAGCCUCCGCGUCUCUCUCUGAAUCUCUCUCUCUCUCUCUCUCUCUCUCUCUCUCUCUCUCUCCAUUAUUGUCUCCCACUCUCCAGGGGAUGGGGUCGGCUGAUGAUUAGAUCGGAAGCAAUAUCUUUCUCUAAAGUAUGGUAAUAUUUAUGUAGAGAGAGAGAGAGAGAGAGAGAGAGAGAGAGAGAGAGAAGAAACGGGAGGAGGGGAUACGGAAAUUAAACCCUUUAAGUCAAUGCAUGUUGUGGUGACACCGGCACAGGAGCCCUCACGGUGGAGUCGGCCAGGGCUGUGCGUUCCCAAAAUAUGACCAGGGGUGCUUGGAUGUGUCGGCAGUAUGACGACGGCUUAAAAAUCUGGUUGGCAGCACCCCGGGAGAACGAGAAACCGUUCAUCGAUUCAGAGCGGGCUCAGAAAUGGCGACUGUCUCUGGCCUCUCUCUUGUUUUUCACAGUCCUGCUCUCUGAUCACUUGUGGUUCUGCGCCGAGGCCAAGCUGACCCGGACCCGGGACAAAGAGCAUCACCAACAGCAGCAGCAGCAACAGCAGCAGCAGCAGCAACAGCAGCAGCAACAGCAGCAGCAACAGCAGCAGCAACAGCAGCAGCAGCAGCGACAGCAGCAGCGGCAGCGGCAGCAGCAGAGGCAGCGACAGCAGGAACCCUCCUGGCCCGCGCUCCUGGCCAGCAUGGGGGAGUCCUCGCCCGCCGCCCAGGCACACAGACUCCUCUCCGCCUCCUCGUCCCCCACCCUGCCCCCCUCCCCGGGAGGCGGCGGCGGCGGCAGCAGCAAGGGCAACCGAGGCAAGAACAACCGGAGCAAGGCUCUUUUUCUAGGAAACUCUGCCAAGCCGGUGUGGCGCCUGGAGACUUGUUACCCUCAGGGCGCCUCCUCCGGCCAGUGCUUCACGGUGGAGAGCGCGGACUCCGUGUGCGCCAGGAACUGGAGUCGGGGGGCUGCCUCGGGGGAGGAGCAGUCGUCCAGGGGCUCUAGGCCAACUCCGUUGUGGAACUUGUCGGAUUUUUACCUUUCGUUUUGUAAUUCCUACACACUUUGGGAGUUGUUCUCGGGGCGGUCCAGCCCCAGCACUUUGAACUGCAGUUUGGAUGUGGUGCUCACUGAGGGUGGUGAGAUGACCACGUGUAGACAGUGCAUCGAAGCUUACCAGGACUACGACCACCACGCGCAGGAGAAGUACGAAGAGUUUGAAAGUGUGCUGCAUAAGUACUUACAGUCGGAUGAGUACUCAGUGAAGUCAUGUCCCGAGGACUGCAAGAUUGUCUACAAAGCCUGGCUCUGCUCCCAGUAUUUUGAAGUCACACAGUUUAACUGCAGAAAGACAAUUCCAUGCAAGCAAUAUUGUUUGGAGGUGCAGACCAGGUGUCCGUUCAUAUUGCCCGACAAUGACGAAGUCAUCUACGGAGGCCUCUCCAGCUUCAUCUGCACAGGGCUCUACGAAACCUUCCUAACCAAUGAUGAACCCGAAUGCUGUGACAUCAGGAACGAGGAGCAAUCUGCACCCCCACCCAAAGGGACCGUGAAGAGAAGAGACUCCUGUGCCAGGAGGUCGCUCACAGUGUCCUCGGCCACGAGACUGUGCCCUGCCCGGCUCAAGCUGUGUGUUCUCGUCCUCAUCCUCCUUCACACCGUGCUCACGGCCUCCGCAGCGCAGAACUCCACCGGGCUGGGCCUGGGAGGCCUCCCCACGCUCGAGGACAACUCCACCCGGGAGGACUGAGCGCAGUAGGGGCACGCACCGGGUGCGAGCUCACGGCGCAAGGCGCAGGGCUGGACAGGUGCACACUUUUGUGCACAGAGCAUUGGUGACCCACCCGGGAUGUGCACCCGCUGCUGCCCGGGGAACUGAACCCACCCGGGUGCUUUACCCUCGGACUUGCCGCAAGACCUGUGGGUAACAUUCAACAAGAUGGGCCCGAUUCCCAACAAGGACACAGCUGCAGCUUUUUACCGACGAAGAGGCUGCCAGUGACUCAGUUUCUCACACCAUUUUAUACACUGUGUUUUAACGUUUGGAGGUUUUUAUUUUGUUGUUGUUGUUGUUAUUUCUUUUUCUUCUUUCUUUUCUUUCGGUUCGAUUUGAAUUUAUUUUCCGUUUAUUUGAUUUUAUUUCAUUUCUCUGCACUUGUUACUGCAGGAUUUCUUUGUGGGUGAACUUAAGUCUCUCCACUGUCUAUCUAUCUAUUUCUAGUCAUUGUGUGUCCAUCAGAUACUUCUGUCUGCGUCCUGUCAGUUUCUAAUAGAGGAAUGACCGCUAUAACCUCACGGUGUAGCAAAAAAAUAAAAAACAAAAACAAAAAACAUAAAACAAAAACAAAUAAAAAAAAAACAACAAAAAAGAAUUAAAAAUCAACAAAAAAAAGACAAAAAAAGAAAACAAAAAAUAAAAAAAUUCCCUAAGCCUCCUUCCAACCCAUGGACGCCACGCCCUGCAGGCCCUGCUGGCCCUCGCCUUCUGUCCCCAAGCAGACAACAUCCGCUUGCUUCUGUCUGUGUCUCGCAUGGUGGGUGUGUGUCUCGCACAAGCCCUAGCAGAGGGAGCCAGGGCCUAGGGUCCCUCUGGAUGAUCCAACAGUGCAUUCAGAGAGUCAGGCAGCUCACAGGUUUUAUGUGGGGGAAAAAAUAAAAUAACACUAACAGAGUGAAACACGCUCCCGUGAACCGAGUCGCUCCCGUGCCCAUCCCCAGUUCUUUCUUCCUGGUGGAGCAGACAGGAGCGGUCGGUGGUUCACGGCCCACGGCUCACGGCCAGCAAGCAGCCCCUCCUUGAACACAGGGCGCUUGCCUCCAACUGAUGGGAGCAGAGACCAAGAACACAAAUCCAGACUUCUGUUCCUCCUUUAUCGUGGUGGAAGGGAUCUAGUAUACAGAAUAUGUACCAUUUUAUCCCAGUAUCGCCCUGCAUAGGGUUCCAGUUUCCUCCAGGUAUAAAAUGUAUACAGCGCUGCAUUAUCACAGAGGAAACUCUCCUUUUGAAAACAAUCAACCGAUCAGCCAUUUUUACUACCGUGCGAAGCGUCCUCACUCCAGCAAGCUCUAGGCGGCUGAGAAAAAUAAGUCCAAUCACUGUUUGUAUUUCUUUUUCCUUUGUGGGAACAUUUCACCUGCUGAGUGUAUAUGAAUUUGCUUUCUAAAAAGGCUUGUAUGGGUUUACAGUAGGGCCAGUGGAAGGAAAAGUCAAUAAGGGCUGUUUUUACAAAACAAACAAACAAAACAAAUAAUUUUAAAAAGACACUUCACAUUCCUUCCUAUUCUCUAACUACACUUGGGAAGUGCACUUCGGGUAAGUUUGCUGUGUGGCUGAGAGACGAAGGAAAUCCAUAGACAAGGUCCUCUUAGUGAACAAAAUUUAGUUGUUAACUUUAGAGCUAUUAAACACCCCGGGGCACCUGUUUUCGUUCAGAUUCUACCCUCUGCAUCAUGCUUAGCCCUGCGACAUGCGUACAGUAUGCAUAUUUUGUUUUGAAUAAAAUGUUUUGUUCCAGUCUGUUAAGAAUAUUAAAAAAAUAAUAAAGGUAUUGCUUAAUAAAAUUGCUAGAAUUGUUUAGCAGUACAUGCACAAAUAUUUUACUAGAUUCUUUGUUUUACUAGUGUUUUGUUGAGACUGAAACCCUAAAAUGCUCUGCAUAAAUACAAAAAGAAAAAAAACACCAAAAAAAAUGCAAAACUCUCCAGUUUCUUUUUCCUUUUCUUUAAAAACAAUCCCCCUCUCUUCCAAACGGAGAUUAAUUUGCAGGUGUGCCCACACAGACACACACAGAGACACAGAUGCUACGUUUUAAUUUGUGAAAACAUGGCGCUCUGUGGGGAUGCAAAAGGUGCAACCGUGGCUUUGGAGGACCUGCUGACUGUACGAGGUACAGGAAGGAAGGCUCCAAGGAAAAGAACCCUCUGGAGAGCUGUGUUCCAAGGAUGGAGGGUAAGUGAUUGGAUUCUGGGAAUGCGGCCGCCACACAGUGGAAAAGCCUCUCACAAACCCGAUCUCUUCAUCACCCGUCACCCUUCAAACUCAUUCCAGUCACGCUGUAGCGACCUCCAUUCUUGAACAAAACACAGUGUAAACAGGAAAAAAGUGGUACCCCUGUUUGCUGGUACCAAGAGAAGUUGUGCUUCUUUCUAAAGGAGAGCAUAGUAGUAACUAAAACCUAGAA